AUGUCAGGUGCAUCAGUUGAAGAUGUAUCUUUAUGUUACUUCUAUAUAUUCAAUCCAAAGUUGGGACAGAAAGAAGGAAGAGAGCAUGAGAAGAUACUUUACUUCUAUCCACAAGCCAACUUCCCAAUAGGUAUACAGACAAACUUUGUAGGACUAACAGAGGCCUAUGUACUAUGUACAAAACAAUUCUCACCUGAUAAGCCAUGCGAUUCAAUACAUACUAUGAAGAAUACAAUUUCAUUGCUUCAACCUGAACCAGAUAUAUGGAUGGUGAUCGCGUUGAAUAAUGCAUCGGGAGUGGUCAAUGGAAAGAAGGAGUAUGUCGAGGAUGAUAUUGAUGACCUUAUCCUGCAGACCACCCUGCGUCAGAUCUACGACCUGUGGAGAAUCUUCAACGGACCAAUGAUGGAGAUUGCCAAGCGCGACUCUUUCGACGUGUUGAAGAAGCGAUUGGACUCCUUCAUCAAGCCCUACAUCCAGCAGAUUAGCUUUGAUCAACUCGACCUGUUCACGACACUCGAUGGCAUUCAGUUUUUGCCCGCCGACAAGAACGUCUAUCUCAAGCUGCUGACGAUGAUCAAUGGCACUGAGAUUGCAUUCCAAUCGGCCUGUCCAUCCUUCCGCUUUGGCUGUCUCUUCUACAAAGACAACCUACUUUGGAGCUCACUACAACAGCACCAGAUCAGGAUACUCAAUCAUUACCUCGUUCAACUCGUCAAGAUUGGCAUGGACCGUACUGCCUCAAACUCAAUCAUGGUCAUUGGACUUGAUGGUGAAGUAGUCUGGUCAACCAAAGGACAAAAGUCAAAGAGUGGAUACUUUACAGAGAAUGCUAAUAAUGUAAAGGCAACAUUGCCACAGGUACAUCUGGGCGACACAACUAGCAACUUGAUAAUCUACGAACAAAGGGAUGUUGUAUGUAUAUUUCUAGUGGACAAUGAAGAUCUUGAAGCUCUCAAGCUUGAUGAGCUACGCGAGAAUGUCAUGCCAUCAAUCGAUUUCAUAUUCCCAGUCCUGGAAACAAACUAUUCAAAGAAGACAUUCAUGGAGGAACAAUACAAGUAUAUCUUCUUUAAUCAAAUGAACUUGGCAAUCAAGGCAUCAUUGAAGUUAAAGGGAGGUGAGAUGACAAAGGAGACUAUCAAGAUAUUGAAUGAGAUGCAUUCCGACUUUGAGAAGAAGCCUGAUAUCACAGAGGCCACCGUCAAGACACAGAACGACCGUUGGAUCGUUGGCAGAAAGACAGACUCUCGUGAGUUCUACGUUAUCUUUGAUACAAAGAACACAAACCUCAUUGAGAUCAAUGACGAAAUCAAGACAUUGUCUACAACAUUCCUCAAGAAUCACUUUAUCGACUAG